GGAUGCAAAAUAAAUUAGAAGAGACUUUGGGAGAUAAUUGUUAUACAAUAUUAUCCAGUGUCUUCAGUUUAAUUAAAGUUUUAUCAAACAACUGUGGAAAUGAAGAUUACUACUCAACAGAAGAUAUUUUAUGCUCAUUAAAUUCAUAUGGUUGGGUAAUAUCUGGUGACCAACAAGAUGCGUAUGAAUUUUAUCAAAUUCUCAUAGCAACCAUAGAAGAAGAGGUCUUGAAACUUGUUAGGAUUGAUGACUUGUUUAUUAAGAAGGCUCCUUUAAAUGCAUACCCACGAAUCUUAAAUCGCGCCUGCAAAAGUUUGCCAAGUCAAAAAGGAAACAAUCAUCCAUUUAAAGGCUCAUUUGCAAUCAGAAUGACUUGUUUUGCAUGCAUGUCACAGAAUCCUGUGAAAUUUGAAACAUUUGGCAGUAUUAGCUUGAGUCUCCAAAACAUAAAACCGGUAAUAGCAUAUAUUAAAACUUGUGCUGAGUUUGGAAUUCCAUCAACUGAGAUAUCCAAUGAACUCAAAAAAGUUUAUGGAGACCAAACACUAAAAUAUAGAACAGUUGCCAAAUGGGUGGUUUUAUUCUUAUUGCUGAAAACUUAUUUAGUACAAAUCAGUAGUGAGUUUAUACAGAAUUCAUCAAACAAGUUGGAAGACUGA